UCAUGCGUGUUUGCAUGUGUGUCUGUUUUGUCUUGGCUAUCAACUGCAUGUGAUCAGCUGACAUGGCUAAGAUUUGGGUUGAGUACUUGUAUUUUUAGCAUGGCAUGAUCCUGUACUCAGUAUAACCUUCUCUUUGCCUUGAAAUAUUUUCUUUGUCUUUCAGCCUUAUUCUUAACUGCAAGUGCCUUCUGUUAGUCAUUCCUGGCUAUCUUGGGCUUGAUAAAAGGCUUUGUUUACAGGGCCUAUGGUCGUGCAACCUGGGUUGCAGGGCUUGGCUCUGUUUGUAUAACUGAGGUGUUGACAGGCCUCUGGAGGAUGGGUAUCAUGUUUUACCUGUAAAACUGUUUUUAAUAGCAGCUAAAGCAAACAGAACUGCACAUGUAGUAAGUUCUUGUCAAUGGGGUUUGGAGUAGGCAGGGCAGGGCUGGAGUGGCAUUGAAUUGGGUAAUGACAUGUAACAAUCUGAGAUCAGUGGUCAUUUCUGUUUUCAUGCUUUUCUCUUAAGACCAAGAGUCAACCAUAGCAGCUGCUUAUGUUGUUUUUCUUGUUUUUUCCCAGAGGCAGUUUGUAGUGCUCUCCAUGACCAGUUGUUCUUAAGCUUCCCUCAGCAGUUCUCUUGCUAUGCUUUCAACCAUGUGUCUCUUCCUACAGCUACAGUACAUCUGAUCUUAAGAGAAAUAAACACAGUUUGUGUUUAUCUGUGAUGAAGCCUGCAGUUGGGCAGGGUAGAGUGAGACAGGCUCCUGAGGUGACACUGCCCUGCUCAUGAUUCCAAUUUUUGGCCUCGGGUGGGAUAACUGAGGUCAAAUACACCUUAGUGUGGGAGAAAAGCAACUGGCUCUGGAGCCUGGCAUGGCUGGUUGCUGUAUGUAACUGAAAACUGGUCAAGGUCUCUCUACCUAUGUGGAAACUGGAUCAGGCCUGCAGCUUUUAAUGCAAGUUUAGGUACUGGUUAAAUACAUCUUUCUUUUGAAAAAAAAGGGAAAAAUUGUUUCUGCCUUGUUGUUCCAAUUGGUUCAGACACUUAUGUCGAGUUUUGCAGAGUUUACAGGUCCAAGAGCAGAGUUUGUCUUCUUCCUUCUAAAAUACUGUAUGUUGUGUAAUGAGGUGUAGUCAAGGGAGGGGGGGCAAUAAUGAGAGCAAGAGGAAGGAAUAAACCUGCAUGUUGCCACAACUGUGGCAAUUUGGAGUAUGCAGGGUUUGCUGAAGUGUGUCCAAGUCUCCAGUUUCUCCUUGCUUAAAAAUAUUCCUGGGAUGCACACAUCAGCUUGCCGUUUGGGCAGAGUCAUUUCAUUGCUAAUUAGCUCUCAGAUUUGGGCUUGCAGAGGUGGCAGCCUGUUCCUUUAACCUGUGCUGUCUCUGUGAAAUGGUAAUGGGUAAUUUGAGCCCUUUGGGUAAGGUGACAGUGAUCAGCAGCUCACAGAUUGCUCUGCUGCUGUUUGGGAUGAAGGGCACCUUUCCCAGCAGAGGUCCUGCUCAAACUGCCCAGGUAAACGCAACAAUCCUUAGCAAAUCUAAAGCAAGGCUGAACGGAAGGGAAGAACUUAAUAAAGCAAGUUGGAUGGCUGAACUCAAGCUCUGUACGACUUCUUUUGCUGCUUUUGGUGUCAGGAGUGUUCUUGGUUAGUGGAAAAAAAAGACUCUUUAUAUCCUGGUGUGUUAGUGCCUGAGAACUGUGCAAACUUUUGAGUAGUGGUCAAUGUGGGAGCAGCAUUCAGGCUAUGCUGGAUGAAGGUGAGUGAGAGCCUCUUCUGCUUCUAGAUCUCUCUAUGAUGGAGUGAAACAUGGACAAUGGCAUUGCUGGCUUGAAAAUAGCUAGUUCUGAGUUUCAGAAGUGGCAGGUAGGCAGCCAGGGGUGUAAAGCAGAAAAAAAACCCUCAAACGUGCCAAAAAGUUCUAAUAACGGUGAUUAGCAGAUUAUUAAGGAUUGGCAGCAAAUCUAAAUGUCAUCUUGGAUGUGCGUUCCAGGACUGUAAUUGGCUGUUACACCAAUUAUUAAUUGGAAUUUAUCGAAAGUAAUUUAAGAUGGAUGUUUUUAUAAAUCACAUUAAGUCUUAAUGUUGAAAUUAUUAUUCUGCAAGUCAACUGGCACUACACUUGUUUCAAUGUCAUGCAGUUCAUUUCCACAUUUUCCAGCCUUUGAGUAUCAGAGCUUUGUGAAGAAGUGGGGGAGAGAUCCUCCCUCCUAUUUUUUUUUUUCUUUGCAAAGUCAUUGUUUUCUGUGUAGUCACACUUCUUCUUGUAGGUCCUGCUUGGUCCUUCUGGGUGAAUGGAAAAAUACUUCCUUAAAACAAAUAAAUCAUGAUUUAGAAGUGCUUUGGUCAGCUGAAAACCUCUCCAACAGUCUGACUGUCAGGAGUGUACUUGAUUUUCUGUAACCCUUUACAACUCAUACUUUCUCUUUCAUUUGAAAACCCCCACAUACAGGUCAUUAAACCUACUCCAACAGCUACUCAUUAAGUUAAACAUUAACUUCUUGGCAUGUCUUUAACUUUUGCUUGCUGUGCUCCAAUAGGAGAACCCUUGCAAUCAGCAGUUGCUUUCACUAUUACAAAGCCACUCCACAUCUGAUUCUUCUCCAUAGCUUUGUUUUUAGGGCCUUUUGGCUGAAAGGAAUGGCUUCAAUUCAAUGAUCAUUUUGUGGGUAUUGUUUGGUUGGGGAUUAUGUUAUGUUUUGGGGGUGGUUUUUAAAUGUGGGCAAAUUUGGGUUUUCCUUUUCACUCUGUGAUAAAAGGAUGUUGCAUGCCAGCUCAUACUCAGAAAUAGUCUUGUUUAAUGGAGGCAAAUCUGAAGAAGAACUUAAGACAGAGGUACAAAAUGGUUUUAUGUUGCUAAGGAUCCUGGAGAAAUGCAUCAUUCUGUGUCUCUGGGCCCUUCUUUCCUGUUCUGUCAGUGCACCUGGCAGUUCUUUUUCAUGCUCCUGCUGUGUGGAAUCGGGAGGCAGUUGCAUUGGACGUUGAUCCUUGUUAUUUAUUUUGGCAAGUGAUUUGUUCUGGGAGUUCACCACUGGAGUGUGGCUGGGAGUUAGUAGGGAGAUGGCCUGAGCUCUAGUUGUGACUAGCUGACUUCCAGCUGAGCACCACCUUGGCAUUGUCCUGACCCCUAUAAAGCCUUCUGUGCCUGAGCUUUACUGCUUGCUGCUUUGGGAGAGGAGCUGAAUGAGAAAUUCCCCCUGCAAUAGCUAUGAAGCCGUACACUCCAGCCUUCAUUCUCCUGUGGAGCGCUGUCGGGAUAGCGAGGGCUGCCAAAAUCGUUGUUGUGCCGCCAAUUAUGUUUGAAAGCCAUCUUUAUAUUUUCAAGACUCUGGCCUCAGCCUUGCAUGACCAAGGUCACCAGACAGUGUUUCUCCUCUCUGAGGGCAGAGAGAUCCCUCCAUCUAAUCACUACAGACUGCAGCGCUACCCAGGGAUCUUUAACAGCAGCACCUCGGAUGAUUUCCUGCAGUCCAAGAUGAGGAGUAUCUUCUCGGGGAGGCUGACCGCCCUCGAACUCUUCGAUAUCCUGGACCACUAUUCCAAGAACUGCGACAUGAUCGUUGGCAACCGGAACCUCCUGCGUGCCCUCAAACAGGAGAAGUUUGACCUGCUCCUGGUAGAUCCCAAUGAGAUGUGUGGAUUUGUUAUAGCCCAUCUUUUAGGGGUUAAAUACGCCGUGUUUUCCACCGGCCUCUGGUAUCCAGCAGAAGUGGGCGCUCCAGCUCCCCUGUCCUAUGUUCCAGAGUUUAACUCGCUGCUCACAGAUCACAUGAACCUAUUUGAGAGGAUUAAAAAUACUGUUGUUUAUCUUAUUUCAAGGUUUGGAGUCAGUUUUUUGGUUCUGCCAAAAUACGAAAGGAUAAUGCAGAAACACAAGGUUCUUCCAGAACGGUCCAUGUACGACUUGGUCCAUGGAUCCAGCCUGUGGAUGCUUUGUACUGAUGUUGCACUGGAGUUUCCGAGACCUACGCUACCCAACGUUGUUUAUGUGGGAGGAAUCCUAACGAAGCCGGCCAGCCCUCUGCCAGAAGAUCUGCAGGCGUGGGUGAGCGGCGCUCACGAGCACGGCUUUGUCCUCGUCUCCUUCGGCGCUGGAGUCAAGUACCUGUCGGAAGACAUCGCCAAUAAGCUGGCACACGCCCUGGCAAGGCUGCCCCAGAGGGUUAUCUGGAGGUUUUCAGGAAACAAACCAAGGAAUCUAGGCAACAAUACCAAGCUGAUCGAAUGGUUACCACAAAAUGACCUCCUUGGUCACUCUAACAUCAAAGCUUUCCUCAGUCAUGGAGGCUUGAACAGCAUUUUUGAAACCAUGUACCACGGGGUCCCAGUGGUGGGCAUUCCCCUCUUUGGAGACCAUUACGAUACCAUGACCCGUGUGCAGGCCAAAGGGAUGGGAAUCCUGCUCAACUGGAAGACCAUGACUGAGGGGGAACUGUAUGAAGCUCUAGUAAAAGUUAUUAAUGACCCCAGCUACCGGCAGCGGGCGCAGAGGCUGUCGGAGAUCCACAAGGACCAGCCCGGACACCCGGUGAACCGGACUGUGUACUGGAUCAAUUACAUCCUGCGCCACAACGGAGCCCAGCAUCUGCGUGCCGCUGUUUACAGCAUCUCCCUCUUUCAGUAUUUCCUACUGGAUAUUGCCUUGGUCCUCCUCGUGGGUGCUGCCUUACUUUACUAUGUUUUGGCCAGGAUGGCCAAGUUAAUCUGCAAGCAGAGCAAACACCUCUGGUCCAAUGACAAACAUAGCGCUGUUAAUGGACACUACCAGAACGGCAUCCCCAAUGGCAAGUAUAGAAGAAAUGGCCACAUUAAGCAUGAAAAAAAGGUGAAAUGAGCCAACAGCCCCAUGUAAAGUAGUAAUGAAUCAGAUCAGUAAUCGAAUUUUAUCGCUGUAACUUAGUCUAACAACUACUUAAAACCUCAAUAAGCAGUUCUAACACUCCCCUUCAGUAUGUAAUAUUAUGUGACAAAAUUCUGUGGAACUAAGAGAAGUCUUUAAAAAAAAAAAAAGGCAAGCACAACCUAAAAAAGAAAAUAUUUUAUUCUUAAUACUGAUGCAGAGAGGUUAUUUUGGCACUGAAGUUUUUAGAAGCCUUAAUUCUCUAAAGUUCUAUACAAUGUCCAUAUUUAUGAAUUUUCAGCUUUUAAAAGCUCAGUGUGUGUGUCCCAAAUGAGGAGAGGUUUCCUUUUAUUUGCAGAGGUGUUCUCCUUUUAUUUUUGUAUUAUUUUAAUGUCUCCAUCCUUUUAGCUGAGAGAACUCUCUAGUGCUAGUUCUGUGUUUCCUUUGUGGAAGGUUCAACCUGUUGAAUGCUGUUUAAAACACAAAUUAUUUCCCCCAGUCUUUUUUGCGAGAAAUAGCAAGUUAUGGACUGAGAACACAGACGUUAAAAAAUAAAAAAAGAAAUAAUCUUAAUGAGCACUGAAGAAAAAUGGCAAAAAAUAUGUACUCGUUUUACUGAUAAAGCUGCAUGACUCUU